AUGAAGUCCUAUCACGCUUUCAGACUACAUUCUUACCUUGGGAAUUUUACGCCAAAAAUAACAACCCCAAUGACAAUACAAUAUAGAAUAUUUUCUCCAGUUAGUUUGUAUUGUUGCAAUGUAACCCCUGAAUAUCAUUGCACAAAAUAUAGAUGUUACAUUCUCCUUGUUAACAAGAGAUUUACAACCGGAAAUGGAAUUUCUAUACAAACCGAGGAACUAUUAAAAACAUUAAUUGCGAAUAAUUCGCCGCUUAACUUGCAAGAUUUGUGUAUAGAAGCCGUGGAAAAUGCUACAACUUUGCGAGAAUUGUCCAUGAUUAUAUAUUCAACUGUUCAUAUCAAUCUGGAUUUCCAUGCUAUUAAUAAGCGUAUAAUAUAUCUAUUGCCUUCAGAAAGCUUUUCAAAUAUAUUAGUCCUAAUGCGUGUGCUAAUUGAUACUGAGUAUGUUAUUAGCGUUGGCAGUAUAUUUACUGAAUUGGUUUCUAGAUAUUUGUUACAAAGUGUUGAUGAUAUAACAAUGUUUUGCGAUGUUGAUUUGUCAAACUAUAUGUUUGUUUACUCGAAGCUGGUAGAUAGAGGUUUGAUUAAAUCAUCAAUUCAGCAAGUGGAAUCUAUAGUUGAAAAAGUAAAUUCUAGAAUUGAAAAAUUGCAGCCUUAUAAUUUUUGUGAUAUCUUACAAUCGUUGGCACUGCUUAAGCCUAUAAAUGUGUCUAUUGAUGCUGAAAAGGUCUUAAAUUAUAUAUUUGCUAAUAUGAAAUGUUUUAGUACGCAAGAAAUAAUUUCAACAUGGUACUCGGUUGUUUCAUUUAAUUUUCCCCUGGAUCAUCAAUUAUUUAUAAACUUUUCACAUCAAUUGCUCAACAAUGACGAAUUAUUUUCCCAAAUUGAUGUUGAGUGUAUGGUUAGGCUGAUUACUGCUAUUGGUAGAUCUAGAAUUAAUGAUAUAAAAAUUGUGAAGUUGAUAGAUAAUUUGAUACCCCAAAUCAGGAAGAUGAUUGAAAUGGAAAAGAUUGGUUUAUAUGAGUGCAGUAAGAUUCUUGUAGCACUUAACAAUUGCAAUUAUAAAUGUGACUCGCUUUUACAUAAAGUUUCAAAGUAUUUUCGGCACAAAUAUCAAGAAUUGCCCAAUGAUGACGACUAUGCUGCCACAAUCGUCAAUUUGUGCAUCGGAUUUGGGAGAUCCCUAUUCAACGAUAAAAGGGUGUUCAACGUAAUAUCACAGCUCUUAUUGAAUAUAGAAUUGCUGAACUACUUAUCAACGCAAGAGUUGAUAAAUGUUGUGCAGUCAUUCGCUAAAGUCAGACUUUUAGAUAACAAGCUAAUGGCACACAUACACAAAGUACUAGAAUCUCGAAUUGGGGAUACGAUGCCACUAGAAUUGUGUAUCAAGUACAUCCAUUCCGUUAGUAUAUUAGAAUUUAAGCAUUAUAAUGUACAAAAGAAAGUUGUAGAGAUUAUUGAGCAGUAUCACAAUAGUGGAACCGGUGCGAUGAACGAAUUCCAGAUAGCAAAAGUAUGCUAUGCUGCGAGCAAGCUAGAUAUUCCUUGUGGAAUCAGUGUUAAAGGCAUGCCAAACCUUGCGAAGAGUGAUGGAUUGUGGGUUGUUGGUUAUAGCGGUAGGAAGACUAGUCAUAUUGCGGUGGCAAGGAAACCGAUUCAUGUUAGACGAAUGAAAAAAAUAUGGUAA